AUGGGUGUGGACAUGUGCAUCUCCACUGCUGCCCCGGCCUCAGAGAGCUGUGUUUUGUUCCUGAUUGCUAGUGCUUUAUGGGGGGAUCGGCUCUUGCUUCUCGAUGCGCAGCCCCUCUUCGAGACCGUCACAGCCAUGCCUGAGUCAGAUCUGAAGAGCGAGCUCUACUUGAUGAUCUUCUUGGCAUCAAUAUGCCACACCCUCCUAGUCGUGACCGACACGGUGAUGGAGGUGCACCUGUGGAAGUUCUUGAGGCAGAUGGCCAUGCUGAAAUCGAAGGUUCCGAACUUGGCAACCUUCGUUCGUCAGAAGCAAGCUCAGGCAUCAGCAGAGCCCGUUCAGCCCAUUCAGGAGGAUCUGCCGCGCCUGCUGGCGGUUUUCAACAACUUGAGCCUCCAGAUCGACGACGGCAUGGAGGUGCCAGAGCUUUAUGAGCCCGUUCAGAACUUUCUCGGCCACUGCGAGUGGAAGGCAGCACCUUCCGUCGACUGCAUGGGCUUGCCGCAGCUGCCGGGCAAGAGUUGCCAGGAGCUCCUUUGCAGCGAGAAAGCUGCGGCCGCCGGACUUCGUCUGCGCCAGCACCUCUUCUCUGAAGGUCAUCCACGCGGCCGAUUUGGACCCGACGGGCUUCAGCUGACCGAGAAGCAGUGGCUUCACUACGUUGCCGAGUACUGGGACUUCGUGCAGAACCAUGCAGAUAUCCAAUCCUACUUCGACGUGCUGAUGGCAGGCAGCUUCCGCAGCAGUGCCUCACCGGAUCCCAAGUCCUGA